UUGGUUGCCUCACCCGCAUGCCCCUCUAACCUCACUACCCCUAGCUAACUUCUCCAAUCUCCAUCCAUCCCACUCUCUCUCUCUCUCCUUUCUCACUCUCUCACUCCUCACACCCACCUACCUAUAAAUUCCACACACCCCACCUCUCUCUCUCAUCUCUCAAUUCCUCACAAACUUCUCUCACUCCACAAACCCUUCUCUCAAUCCACAAACUCUUCUCUCUUUCCAUUUUUCUCUAUCCUACUAGCUUUUGCUACUUCUAUCCACUUGUUCAUUCAUUUGGGUACUUUCAUUUUGGUGCUUUUUCAAUUGGGUACUUGUUUGUUUCUGUGUCUGUGCGGCCAAAAAGAAAAGAAAAAAAAAAAAAACAAGCAACCCAAAUGGCUGUGUCUGGUUUUGAAGGGUUUGAGAAGCGCUUGGAGCUACACUUCUUUGGGGAUGACCCUAAAAAUAUGGGCACUCUUGGGCUUGGCCUAAGGCUUCUUGACUUUGACUCCAUCCAAGAAGUCCUGGAUGAGGUCCAAUGCACCGUGGUCUCGGCCGUAGCCAAUCACUACUUCGAUGCCUACGUGUUAUCCGAGUCCAGCCUCUUCGUCUACCCUACCAAGAUCAUCAUCAAGACCUGUGGGACCACCCAGCUCCUCAAAUCCAUCCCUCCCCUCCUCCGCCACGCGUCGAUCGAUCUCGGGCUCACCCUCUCCUCCUGUCGCUACACCCGCGGGAACUUUAUCUUCCCCAGAGCCCAGCCUUCCUACACCAACUUCCAAAACGAGGUCGUUUACUUGGAAGAGUCUCUCCCCGCUGCUCUCUGCUACCGCAAGGCCUCCGUCAUGCCCUCCAAAACCCCCUCGCACGCCUGGCACGUGUUCUCUGCGUCCACCCAGAACACGACGUGUCGUUUCGGAGACAGCGACGACGACGAUUUGUACACCCUCGAAAUCUGCAUGACCGAGCUCGACCGCAACCUCGCCCGCAACUUCUUCCGCCGUCCCGGCGACGACAAGAACGGCGAUUCCGCCGGCAAAGAGAUGACGGAGCUCACGGGGAUUUCCCAAAUUAACCCUAGGGCUCUGAUCUGCGACUUCGCAUUCGACCCGUGCGGCUACUCCAUGAACGGGAUCGACGGCGAUCGCCACUCCACGAUCCACGUCACCCCGGAAGACGGCUACAGCUACGCGAGCUUCGAGUGCGUCGGGUCGGUCUACGACGACCGCGAAGACGUCGUUCGGAUGCUGAAGAAGGUCGUCCAGGUCUUCCGGCCGGCGACAAUGUCCGUGUCGACCACUUGCGCGAGCUACGAGGUGUGGACACGUGUCGCGGGGGCAUUGGAGCCGCUGGGGUUCAAGUGCCGGAGCUGCGCCGCAGAUGAGUUCCCGGCUGCCGGAACCGUCGUGUAUCAAACGUUCGUGGAUCGCCGGAGUAAUAAUUACAAUAAUAAAUCGUAAUUAAGUGGGGUUUUAAAAUUUUAAUUAGAAAUUAGGUGAAAAUUUUAGAGGGAUCGGACGGCGGAGGUGCGAGAAGAAGAAGACGAUGAUCAAAAUGUAGAAAGAGAAAAGUGGGGAUGUGGUGGGGAUAAGUAGUAGAGAUGAUGUGGAAGCAUUGGAUGAAAAAGGGGGGUUUGUUACUACUUGGGGUUGGGGGGUAUGAUAAGUAAGAGGUAGCAUGAUGAUAAUGCACCCCACUUAGGCAUGUCACGCCUAAGAUUUUGAGGUUUGUGGUGGUAGUAGUGGUAGUGGGGAUUAAAAGUGCUUCUUUGUUGAGAGGUUUACUUGGAAGUUUUCUUUCUUC